AUGGCUACACCUGCCAACACCGCUGCUGAGGCCCUCGCCUCCGAGCAGACAUACUUUGCUCAGAACCCUCCUCCGCGCAAUUUAUCAGCCCACACUGCUCUCGCAGCUGGCUUCAUCUCGUCUCACGCCGCUGCGGGCCGUCGUGUCGUCCUCGUCACAUCGGGCGGCACUACCGUCCCCCUUGAGAAGCAGACUGUUCGAUACAUCGACAACUUCAGCGCUGGAACUCGUGGUGCUACGAGCGCCGAGUACUUCCUCGAAGCUGGAUAUGCCGUCAUCUUCCUCCAUCGCCAGUUCAGUCUGCUGCCGUACUCGCGACAUUAUUCGCAUGCCACAGACUGCUUCUUGGACUUUCUGACUGAAGAUGGGAGUGGGAGAAUUGGUGUGAGGAGCGAGGUGCAGGAUAAGAUGCAGGAGGUGUUGAGAAAGUAUCGCAAGGCGAGGGAUGACAAUAUGCUUCUCACACUGCCCUUUGUCACUAUUGUCGACUAUCUCCAUGAGCUGCGAGAAAUUGCCCGACUCAUGCGUCCUCUUGGCCCAUCUGGUCUUCUCUACCUCGCCGCAGCCGUGUCGGACUUUUUCGUUCCUCCUGAUCGUAUGGCCGAGCACAAGAUCCAGUCAACCAACGCUGUUGAGCAGAAACGACCAGACGAUGAAGAGACCUUUGAUAACUUUGACUCAUCGCCUUCUGUCCCACGCUCAAAGCGUCUCGUCAUCGAUCUCGACCCUGUCCCCAAGUUUCUCAAGAAUCUCGUGGAUGGUUGGGCACCAGAGGGUAUGAUUGUGUCUUUCAAGCUUGAGACGGACCCAGCACUUCUUGUGCGUAAGGCUCGCUACAGUCUUGAUCGAUAUCAGCAUCACCUCGUUAUCGGAAACCUUCUAUCCACCCGCAAGUGGGAGGUUGUGUUUGUGAGUCCUAAGAGGGAAGAUAACUGGGUGCGUGUGCCGAGAGAGGGCGGCUGGGGAGAAGCUGAGGGCAGGCCACUUGUAGCAGAGGAGCUGCCGAGUCAAGAACCAGAUGUUGAGAUUGAAUCGCUCAUUAUUCCUGCGGUACAAGAGCUUCAUGGAGAGCAUAUCAAGGCACAGAAACAGAAGUAG